UUUAAAUAAAAAUAACAUGAAAAAGCUAAACACAUACAACUAAAAAUUUAUUUUUGGUUAUGAUAAAAAAAUACCAAGAGAAUGUUUGCUAAAUCAUUCAGCAACACUAGAAAACCCAGCUUCUGCAUUCCUCGCUUGGAAAAAGUUUCUUGGGUGGAAAAACUGUCUCGCUACACCAUGUCCUUUACUUUAUUCGAUAUCUGUUUAUCCUAUGUUGUGACGAAUAUUAACAUAGUUGAUUCAUUUAACAACUAUCCUGAGGUCGUUGGUGAAAAAAUAUUUAACGAAGCUCAGGCUCGAGAAAUAUUCACUCUUCGCAAAAACCCACAAGGGUCUGUGCAAGCACUUCGCCUUUUCUCGGCUGCUUAUGGGGCGACCCUGCUGUCGGAAAUAAACAUAAGAAGGGCUCAUGUUAUGAUAAACAACUACAUUGAGCACCUGCAGCUUUUUACCUGUUUGACUAAGCUUGAUGUGGCAUAUUGUGGCUUAGGGGAUGACCAUGAACUUCUGGCGCACAUCGCAAAACUGGACAGGCUUCAGGUUUUGGUGUUGUGUGGCAAUGGAUUGUCAAACAAUGGCAUCCAGAAGAUGACAGCUCCUGUACGUGUUAUGCAAAAGGGUCCCUUAAAUCUUCAUUCUUUGGAUUUGUCAGAAAAUUCCAGCUUGACUGCUGCAAGUUUACGUUACCUUCGUGUAUUCCAGCACCUAGCUGUUAUACGUCUUUCAGCCACUGGAAUAAGUCAUCCAUGUUGCAGGCAAACCUGCCACUUUCUGCUUUCACAUUCACAGAAUCUUCAAGUUACUAAUGAAGACUGUUUACAUGUCCAGCAGGCGUUUUAUGUAAAGACCACUGGCUGGGCUGCAUCUUUGUUCAGAACUUGGCUUAAUGAAUUCCAGCAAAAACCUCACAUACCACAUGUGAUGACACAGAUACAAAAAUUCUAUGGCAGAAAAAGGAAACGUGAGGAUUUCGUCCAAGCUAAUGCUGCUAUCAUCCCAGAAAAGCUGCUGCUGGUUAGCAGAUGUCUUUGCUCCUGCAGCAGUCCGCUUGAUCAGCCUUCACUAGACAAAACUCAAGCAAAAUUGCACAGAUGCCAUAAAAGCAAACAACAGCAGCAAAGUGACCAACUCCACUCAUUGGAAAGUCAAAGUCACACAUCACAGACAAGGUGGAAACAUCCUACAGAAGAAGAUCUCUUUUUACUGAAUCAGUAUAUUUGAACCUUGAGACACUCCAGCAUUGAUGCAAGAAACGUGGAAAUGCCUGGAAAAAAAUGCAUGGACAUCAGUAAAGAAAUCUUUAGGACUGUCAUUCAUCUGCAGAGUGGCACAUCUUUUCGCAUGAUUGAGAAAACUCCAUACCAUUUGCUUGGUACUGGAUGCACUUUACUGGAACAAGACACUGGUUUAAGGCCAUGCCAACCCAGCUGGCAUUAAAGGUAAAGCCAACGAAACAAAGGAGUCAGAUGUCCACAUCUCAUCCACUAGAUAUAGUGAACCACUUACACUACCUGUAAAAUCAGUCUAUUGCUGAUUACAUGAAGUUCAAUACAUGUACUAAUAUUACCAAUGUGUAUUCAGCUGUGAAUUGACGUGUAAUGACUAAUAUUUUUUAAUUCCGUUUUUUUCUACUCAAGCCUUUCUUAAGGCAUAUAGGUUAGAAAAAUAUACAAUAUGAAACUUCUGUGGAUGAUGUGGGCAACAUCUUGAAGCCUGUUGUCUUAUUCAACAAGUAUCUGUCUCGACAUGCCACGUUUUGGCUCAUCUAAUACUUGUUUUAGAAGAUUGGGGAUCAGUUGUAAUUAACAAGAAGUAAACCCUAACAACAAAAGCUAUGUGUUCUGUAUGGCAUUAGAUAGUAGCUGCUUGCAUGGCUCAUUACUUUGCGGCCAAUGUAGACUGGUGCCAUGUUCACAUUGCAUUACUAAAUGGAUAAAUAAAGUGGAGCAGCUUCUGAGGUAACUGGUAAGCAGCAGCAAUCCAACCAGCCCCCACCCACCCACCCACCCCAUGCACAUAUGCCCAGGGCAACAAGUUAAAAAUUUUCAUGAUUUUUUUUAAAAAAUGCAUUAUGUAUGCAAAAUAAAGAGAAACCACCCAAUAAUGAGGGACCCUCCCUUUUCUUGUCUUGUUCAACACUUUCUAAAAACCAUCAUGCAAGAACCUCUUUUUUUUUUUACCAUCACACCUUUUUUUCUAUCAGUGAGAAGAUCAUAUGCAACCAACACUUUGUAGACAUUGAUGUGAUGACAGGUACCAAAAGCAAACUGCUAGAUUUACAAGCUGACAAGACAUUAUAAAUGCCUAUGGAGACAAGCACUGACAGUAAAGUCAUAGUAACAGGUAAUAGCAAAGCAGAGAUCUACAUGGAGUACAGUUCAAGGAAAGAACAGUUUCAAGUACAUGAACUGGGAGCUACCCUUUCUAAAAAUACCAGCUGCACAGCAGACAUCUGCAUCAGAAUUCAACAGCAAUAGCAGCACUGGAUGACACAAAGCAUCAUCAGAUUUGCUACCUUGUGCAGACUAUACGAAUGUAAGACAUGGACUCUGCCUGCCAACAAGUAGGGGAGAAUACAAGCAUGACCAAGUGCCUGUUCUGAAUCUUGUACCAGGAAUAUGAAACAGUUGCAACAAAGUGCCACGUGCGCAAAAAACUGCCUACCAGAGAUCCUUUGGGCCAGUAGCCAUCACCAUCCUGAAUAAAACACCCAAGGACAUGUAGGCCUAUCUUAUUUUACCUGGCAUCCUUCUCACAGGUUGUGUAUGAGGGUUUAGGUGUGCACGAGUGUUGAAUGUCAUGCAUGGGUAUGCAUAUCUGUAUAUAUGUUUGUUUUUGAGCCAAAGAAAAAUGUCUUGGACUAUGUACAGAAGACAAAGUUUGAUUUUAUUUGAACCAAUGGCUUCAUACGAAACAUACCCGCAAACAGGACUCCAGUGAACUCCAUUUGUAUAGAAUUAUACAUUGUAGUUCUUGAGCAGGAGUUCUAAGGUGCAUUGGCAUUAUGGUUGAUUGCAGUUUUUAUACAGCACAUCUCCCUACACUCAAGCUUUGAAUAAUGAAGGUAAAAUAUAGCAUGUAGUACACAUAGUUAUGUUCACAAAGCUCGGAAUACAGUGUUUCAAAGAAUCAUACAAAAAUAACAAAACGCUCCUUUCUAGAUCAUGUUUUAUUGGCAAAAUUUCUUAACCGAAAAGAUUUUUUUUAUAAGAAGAAAGCUAAACAAUUCUUGCAUAUCCUAAAAGCACAACUGUCUACCUUACAAUGAAGGAAUGUCCACAAAAAACUAUAAUCCUAAUUAGGUACCUUGAACAUGACCCCAACUUCCAGCAUUUUCAUAGGCAUGUUACUCCAUUUCAUUCAACUCUUC